ACUCUUAUCGCAAUUGAUAAGCACACGAAAUAGUUAACGUAUUCUUAGUGUGAAAUAUUAGUUAGAACGUAUACAUUAUAUUUGUUAACAUAUUCGACACAGAACGUGAUUAAAAAAACGUGACUGUAUGGCUUUUUGAAAGCGGCUAAUAACAUCAUACACACUACUACCACUAGAUCCACUACGAAAGAUGAUGUUUGUGGUAUUCAUCCUUCUGACCACCGGAGUCCCGUGCUGGGCAGACUUCCUUUGUCUUUGCAACUACAACGUUGAGACAACCAUUUUCCGCGAGGCCCGGGACGACGCAGAGGCUCUCGGAUAUCUCUAUGAAUUCGACUGCAAGUACAUCAUACCGGGAGGGCAACUGACGUCCGGCUGGAGCGCUAUUGGAUAUGAACACCAGGUCGGUUACGUCAAAAGGGCAGGGCAGAUAGAAGAACAGGUGUGCCCAGGAGGGAUUCCCGACGCCGACAAAGUUCCGGAAUCAUCUUCACCGACCACAGCCAUAUUAUCAACAACUACGACGACUAUUGCUCCUAAACCAACAACUAUUACAACUUCAACAACACCACGACUUACAACAACGACACCAACGACUACUCCACGACCUAUCACAACAACAACUACUACUACUACAGCAACGCCACUACCAACUCCAACAACAACUACAACGACUCCAAGACCGACAUCAAAAACAACAAAAACUACAACAACACCAAUACCAACUACCAUUUCCACUACAACCACAACAACGCCAACACUUGCGUCAUCAACUAUAACUUCUACGCGCUUGUCUCAGCAGACGACCACAUUGUUUCCAAUCUUCACCAACCUUACACCCCUGCGACUCGUGACAACGACGACAGCAGCGCCAAGUGUCGUAUACGGCCAAGUGAACCUCUGUCCCGCUAUUCUACACCAGUACACGCGCGAAGACCAGGGAGCCCUUCAGCAAUAUGGCGACUACUGCUACGAGAUAGUCCCCAUCCGGGCUAUCUGGGCCAAGGCCGAGAACGACUGCCGGGCCAAGGGAGGCCACCUUAUACAUAUCAGCAGCAAAGGUCUACAGGACUUCAUCUAUCAAUGGAUCAAGUCUCUGCAAUUCGACCAUGCGUGUUGGACGGGACUGCAUGACCUUCGAACAGAGGAACAGUUCGAAUGGAUUUCCGGCGAUCACGUGAUCUAUCAGAACUUCCACCCGGACCGGAAGGGUAAUCUGGCGAGUCAUUACAACGAAAACUGUGUCCUGCUGGUCCCAUACGAGCCUUACUUUGGUCAAUGGGAUGACGUCAUCUGCGGGGAUGUGGGUAUCUUUGGUGACACCGGUCAGCAGAAUCCCUUCAUCUGCGAGUACUCUAUCCUACCCCGACAUUCCAGCCCUAUCGUUGGCUGAACCACGCACAUCUUAGUGUUGGACAAUGUUAGUAAUCUUGUAAAAAUAAAAGCGAUUCAAUA